AUGGUCAAAGUCCUCAUCUCCCUCAGCGUGUUGGCCGCUGCCGCUACGGCUGGCUCCGUCACGGAACUCCCCGAGUCUGUGACCAAGCUCAUCGACUACUCCAUCAAUCCCUGCGACGACUUUUACCAAUAUGCGUGUGGCGCGUGGCACAAUGAUACUGUGAUACCCCCGGGCAAAACCCACAUCGGUACGCCGUUCUACGAGAUCAACAUCCAAAACGAAGCCGUAUUGAGCAAGAUUUUCUCUGACAACACGACCAAGCUUGGUCAGUUUUACAACUCCUGUUUGGACACGGCUACGCUAUCGUCGCUCGGCCUGACUCCGCUGGAGGACUCGUUCAAAGCCAUUCGGUCGGCCAACACCACAUUGGACCUCCUCAUCGUGGCUGGUGAAUUGGUCAAGAACGGCAUCCCUGCCUUCGUGAACAUCUUCUCCAGCGCUGACGACAACGACUCGACCAAGAACGCCCUCUUCGGUUUCCGAACCCCCCUGCCGCUGAGUCGCUCAUACUACACCAACCAUUCCGAGUGGGAGACCGUCGAAGCCGACUACAAGGUGUACAUUGCGACGGUGUUGCAGCUAGCUGGCUACUCUGCUGAGCAAGCGGAGGCUGCCGUGCCGGUGAUCAUCCGUUUCGAGCAAACUCUGGCGGGUGUCGCCCUCAGCAGACUCGAAGAGAGCGAGGCCGUUGUGUCUCCGUAUACUGCGCUUACGUACUCCCAACUAAACCAGAAGUACCCGCUGCUUGUCGGCUCGUGGCUCAAGGCCCACGGCUUCGACAUCUACGACCAGUGGGGUGGGUCGAACGACUGGGUGAGGCUUUACGACUUGAACUACUUUGACAAGACCGAAGAGUUGUUGAAGGACGCGACGCUGGACAAUCUCCGCACCAUCGUGGAGUACAAGCUCAUCCACGCCUCGUCGAACCACUUGGCCCCUGAAUUCCAGACGACCAACUGGAACUUAUUCGGCAAGAAGCUCAAAGGCGAAACGGUGGAACCUUCUCGUGAAACGUUCUGCAAGGAUCAGACACGCGAGACCGUGGGUGAUAUCUUGGGCCAGUACUUCUUAGACGCGGUGUGGUCGGCUGAUACGGCCAAGACGGCCGACGACCUGGUCAAGGCCUUGAAGUCGUCCUUCUCUACUGGCAUUGCCACCGCCGACUGGUUGGACAACUCGACCCGCGCCAACGCACAAACAAAGCUGUCCAAGUUUGUACACUUGUUGGGUGGCCCGGAGAAGCCGCAGCUGUACCCCACGCUGACGUUUGACUCGAAGUCGUAUUUGAACAACCGGUGGAAGGUGUCUCAAGUGAACAUCGACACCAACUUGAAGCUGAAGGGCCAACCUGUGGACAAGCGCAGGUUCGUCGUAGCCGCCCAGAGAGUGAGCGCGUUAUACAGCCCCCACGACACCAAAAUUGUGUUCCCGGCCGGCAUUUUGCAAAAACCACUCUUUGACGGCCAAUUUGACCCCGCCCAGAACUUUGGUGCCAUCGGGGCGAUCAUCGGACACGAAAUUACCCACGGGUUUGACAACGAAGGCCGCAAAUACGAUGGCGAUGGCAACUUGAAACAGUGGUGGUCGAACGCCACCAACGAUGCGUUCAAGACGAAAGCCCAGUGCAUUAGCGAUCAAUACUCCAACUUUGUUGUCAAGAGCGAAGUGAAUGGCACUGUAUUGGGCAACAUCAACGGUACGAUCACUUUGGGCGAAACCAUUGCGGACAACGGGGGGCUCAAGACCAGUUUCCGCGCGUACCACGAGUACUUGAAGGAGUUCCCGUCCCAAUAUACGGCAGAAGCAGGCGACAAGUUGUUCUACUUGUCGUUCGCCCAAUCCGCGUGCUACAAGAACACGGAUGCCAACCUCCUCAGAUCUUUGAAGAGAAAGCACCCGCCCUAUCGGUUUCGCGUGACAGGGGCGUUGCAAAACAACGCUGAGUUUGCCCGUGUGUUCCAGUGCCCCACCGACUCGUACUUGAACCCGUCCAAGAACCGACUACCGACGACACCUCCAACGGAGCAGUCACGACCGAGUUUGCUAGCCGAAGAAGUAACAUCUCCGGAACCCCAGCACCCGAUCAAGUACCGGCCCGACAUCGACAGGCUACGGACGCUCGCGGUGGUUUCCGUGGUCCUGUUCCACGCGUACCGGCACUCGGUCGAAGGCGGGUUUACAGGCGUCGACGUGUUCUUCCACCGCAUCUUCCCAGCGCUGCUGCUCGUGUUCACGCUUACGCUGGUCGUGGGCUGCGUGUGGCUGCUGGACAAGGCGGUCCAGUACGCCUACUUUUACUCGCACCGCAUCUUUCCAGCGCUGCUGGUCGUGGGCUGCGUGUGGCUGCUGGACAAGGCGGUCCAGUCCUUCACCCUCGUGGCCGGGACGCCCUUUGUGGCCAACAUCCAGCUGCUGACCGUCCAACAGGGCUACUUUGAUGCCAGUGUCAAGGAGAAUCCGCUGCACCCGUGGUCCCUGGGGUUGGAGGAGUAG